AUGACGGAGCAGUUCAAGGAGCGAUCACGGAAGCUUACCGGCGAGAAGAACGAUGCCAUGACGGGGCGGAACGAGGCUGUUGCUGAGAAGGAUGCCGCUGUGGCCGAGAAGGACCAACUUCAACAGCAACUCCACAAUGCCAAUACGGAACUGGAAUCGGCGAGGCAGAGACUGCAAGCGUCGACGCAGCAGCGUACCGAGUUUGAGCAACAGAUCCAAAGCUUCCAGCAACAAGUUCAGAAGCUUCAGCAGGAUGCCCAGGCAGCGCAAGCGCAGCCUGGUGCUCAAGGCGCCCAGCCCCCCACGGAUGCAUCAACCUCGGUAUCUACACAGGUCGUUGCCCAGCUGGAGCAGCAGCUGAACGAGAUGCGAAGCCAGCUGGAUGCUGUAUCUGCACAGAAGGCGACCGCCGAGCAGGAGCUCGAAAACCUCCGAGCACAGUUACAGACGGUCACCUCCGAGAGAGACCAGGCUAUCCAGACCGCGCAACAGGCUGCUCAGUCACAGACGCAACAAACUGCACCCGAGCCCACCGACGCCAACAACGCAGCAGCACCUGCGAACGGCACAAACGGCUUGUCCGACGAGGAGCGCAAGGCUUUGGAGGACAAGGUCGCUGCUGCCGAGGCCAAGGCUGCGGAGUGCGAACGCAAGGCGAACGAGCUCGAGGCAAACAUUACCCAGACCAUCAAGGAACGGUCAGACAAGAUGAGGAACGCUUUGAACGAGAAGCUCCGCCAGUCUCGCGAGAAGCUGGACGAGGAAUUCAGGACCAAGUUGGAGCAGGAGAAGAUCAUCUGGAAGGCCGAGAACCAAGCCGCCGCCCCCGCCGCUCCCGGCCAAUCCGCGGACGGUCAGCCAGCCGUACCCGCGACGCCAAUCAAGCAACAAGACCCUGAAGCAACUUCGGCAACGCCAACAACCGGCACACCCGCCGCCGGGUCAACCGAUCUGUCUCAGCUCCCCGACGCCGAGAUCCGGAAGUUCCUUUCCACGAACCCCACAGUACGCAGCAUCAUGUCGUCCAAUCUCAGGAAGAAGCUGGAAGAACAAACUGCAAAGGUUAAGAGCGAGACAGAAACCAGCUUGAAGGUCGAGUUUGAGCAGAGGAUCGCAAGCGCGCGGGAGGAGGGCCAGAUGCUGGCUCAGAAGAAGUCUGCGCUGCAGAUCAACAUGAAGGACAACCAACUCCGCAGCGCCAACGCUAAGAUCGAGGUCGUGGCUACCGCAGCAGCCAAGACGCCUCAAAGACCCGUCGGGGAGGUGUGGGAGGAGGCCAAGGUUGCCAAGCCAGCUCCCGCAGCGCCGCAGACAAGCCCGGUGAAGCCCGCUGGCAACGCUCAGCCUGCUGCACAGCCUGCCGCACAACGCCCGUCCGUAUCAGCCCCUUCCGCUCCGCCAGCUCAGGCUGGCGCCGCUCCGAAUGCUGCCCCCAACGCAUCCACCAACCAAGCUCCACCGCCAGCCACUGCACCUAGCGGUAUUCCUCCACCCGGUAGUGGCCUUCCGCAGAAACGACAAAUCCCCGUCCCCGGGGGCGAGAAUAAAGCAGCAGCAGCAGCAUCAGCAGCAGCCAAUGCUGCUCCGGCGAACCCGUUUGCGGCCGGCGCUGCCAACGGUACACAACCUCAAGGCAACCCCUUCGCUCAAGGGGGCCAAGCGCAACAGCAGCAGAAUCCUUUUGCCUCGAGCACUCAAGGUGCGCAGGCCGGCCAACCCGGUCAGCAAGGCCAAGCGCAACAGCAGCCUGCUACCCAAGGCCAAGCAGCCCCACGUAGCGGCAUCCCUCUGCCUGGACGCGGUGGCGCUGCUGGACGUGGCCGCGGUGGCACGUUUGCCACCGGUAACAGAGUAUCAAGCGGUGGCGCAGAGAGGGGCGGCAUGGCGGGACGCGGAGGACGUGGUGGCAGAGGGGGCAACAAUGCUUCUCUGAACCCCGGCGCCAACGACUUCCAACCCGGAAACAAGAGGCCAAGAGGUGACUCCGAGGCCGGCGGAGGCGCGGGCGCGAAGAGGGCGAGAGGAGGUGGACACUAA